AUGUCUGAUUCAUCAUCACCAUCCUCUAGUGACGAUUACAUAUCAAACGAUUACGAAGUAGUCAACAAUGCUGUUACGCAAAUGAAUGUUAUUUUCAAUCCCCAAGCCAUAGGUGCGUGUCUUAACGUUAUCUUUGACGAAGAAGAAAAGCAACACCAAGAAGCGUCAAGUUCUUCAAGACCCACGUUUACUAGAAGGGUGAUCUCGCGAGAUCACGUGGGUGCCGCAAAGCUUUUAUACGAUCAUUACUUUGCGCCUAACUGCACUUACCCACCUGAUAUGUUUCGUAGAAGGUUCCGAAUGCGAAAGGAAAUGUUUCUGCGCAUAGUGCGAGACAUAAACUCAUUUCAAAGCAUAGAACCGCUACCGAAACACUUUCAGUUCUUUCACAAAGGCGCGACAGAUGCUACUGGUCGUCCCGGUUUCAACAUUUUCCAAAAAUGUACUUCUGCUAUACGCCAGUUAGCGUAUAGCUUUAAGGAUGAUGCUUUAGAUGAGUACUUGCAGAUGGCUCAAGAUACAGGCUACCAGUGUUUAGAUGCUUUCUGCAAAUGUGUGAUACACCGUUAUCAACAGGAGUACUUGAGAAGGCCUACAGAAGCCGAUGUCGAGCGGUUAACUGCCAAACAUGAGUAG